CUAAGAGUCAACAUUGGCGUCUUGAUCUUUCCAAUAGAGAUAACUGUUACAUUACUGUACACAGCACAUAUGCUAAGUGGAACAAGAAAUGAUAAUUGAUGUCAAACAGCAUUGGUUUUUGUAAUUCACACUAAUUCAUGUUACACACAAAAUUUGUGGAUAGUGCAAGACCUUACGCAGCUAUCAAAGUUUGUUCACUUUCACCACACACAACACUUGGAGCAAACUACGUAAUGCAAACAAGCAUUCUCAACUCUUUAUUCUCACCUUCUCUCUCAUUUAUCAACGAGCCAACUCUUUCUCCUUCUCUCUUAUUCCAAAGCACCUUGGCUAUCUAAGGCUCACUCUCAAUGGCUCACCAAAUGAUCUUAUUUAUGGCUUAGAAACUACUAUUUCAAAAGUGGCUCUUCCUGCUCAAACUUCUGCUCCUUGAAGAACAUAUGCUAGCCAAAUUUGUUCAAGGGAAAUUAAAGACUUCUUCCUCUUUUCUUGCAUCUCGCGCUUGUGUCCAUAGGAGUUGGCAGGUUCACCAUUUUGGUCAUCAAGCAUUAGUGUUGUGGUUGGGAGUGUCGGGGUGAAGAAAAUGUGAGUGGAAAGAAUAUGAAAUAUCAAAAGUUCCCUGCAUCCUCUCUCACAAAAAUUUUAAAUUCUUCUCCAUUUUCUACCCAAAAUUUCAUCACUUCCAUUUUCCUUCAUCUCCCAAACAGAGCCUAAAUAUUCCUUCUAGAAGAUGUUGAACUGCAAAUAUGGGCUAGUUCAACACCAUCAAUAGUCCUGCUUGGGGAAGAUUGGUUAGUCGUCGCCCUGUCUCAGUUGUGAAGAAAGAGAUAUGACUUUCUUGCAUUGCGUGAAUAGCCAUUGCGUGUCUUCUGAUCAACCUUUCUCGACCAAGUGUACAUAUCCCACUGGGAGUUGCUGGUUUGCAGAACAUUCUGUAAGGUAGAAUUCAGCUAGAUAUUCAUGGUAAGCAUCUUUUGAUUGUUAAAACUGGCAGUGACGAGGAGGAUCAAAGGAAAAAUGGCGGAUGGCUUUAUGGAAAUUGGAAAGCUUUCAUUUUCCCCUCUUUUUCACUCUCUUUUUGUAAUCUUUAUGUCGGUGCUGAAAUUGUCGAUUGCAACUGAUUCCUUAAGUUCAGGUCAGUCUAUUAAAGAUGGAGAGACAUUGGUAUCUUCAGGCCAAAGCUUUGAGCUUGGCUUCUUCUCUCCAGAAAAAUCCAAGAAUAGGUACUUGGGGAUAUGGUACAAAUUUAGUCCUGAAACAGUCGUUUGGGUCGCCAACGGGAACAACCCACUCGCUGAUUUAAAUGGUGUUCUCACAUUUAGCGAUGAGAGAAAUCUAGUUGUUCUCAACCAGUCAAAGAGUGUCAUCUGGUCUUCGAAUUCAUCCAGGGCUUUAAGAAACCCAGUUGCACAGCUGUCGGAUUCUGGUAACCUUGUUGUUUCAGAGAAUGCCAGUUCACAUUCGGGUGAAUACUCAUGGCAGAGCUUUGACUAUCCAACUGACACCCUUUUAGCUGGUAUGCGAAUGGGAUGGAGCCUCAAAACCGGUUUCCAGUGGCAUCUGACUUCUUGGAAAAGCAUGGAUGAUCCUUCUUCUGGAGACUAUACCUAUGGAAUAAAUGUUAAUGGGUUGCCCCAAUUGGAAGUGCUCUACAAAGGUUUCACAAAAAAAUAUCGAGCUGGUCCACAGAAUGGAGUCCAUUUCCCAGGUACUCCGCAGUCUGAAAUUACCCUAUUUAAGCCCAUGUUUGUUUACAAUGAAACAGAUGUGUAUUUUGAGUUUGAAUCUAUAAGCGAUGAUGUCAUCACCAUAGUCAGAUUGAACCAGUCUGGUCUUGUGCAAUGUAUUCUAAGGAAGAAAGAGAGCUCUACAUGGGACGUUAUGGUCUCAAUGCCCCGUGAACCAUGCGACAUUUAUGGGCAGUGUGGUGCUAAUGGUGUCUGCACAAUUGACAAAGAUCCAAGAUGCCAGUGCUUGCAGGGUUUCAUGCCCAAGACCCUAGAAGAGUGGCAGAUGCUUAACUCAACCAGUGGGUGUAUAAUGAAAGUUCAAUUGAAUUGCUCUCGCCAGGAGGGGUUUCUGAAACUUUCACAGCUGAAGUUGCCCGACCUGAUAGACUUCCGGUUAAACAAGACUAUGAGCCUUGAGGAGUGCAAGGUUGAGUGCCUAAAGAACUGUUCUUGCAGGGCUUAUGCUAAUUCAGAUGUUAGAGGAGGAGGUAGUGGCUGUUUAAUGUGGUUUGGGGAUCUUAUUGAUAUAAGAGAAUCUCAACAAGUCAACUACGAGCAAAAUCUCUACAUAAGACUACCUGCAUCUCAGUUAGAUUCAAUCCACAGCCCCCUCAAUAAGAAAAGACUGGUGACUGUCACAGUGGCUUCUGCAAUUUCCGGAUUGUUUGUAGUAGGUAUAGCAUUGGGCAUAAUGUGGAAAAGCAGAAUGAAAGGAGGAGGCUUGCAAAGUGGAAAGGAAGACAUUGACUUACCAUCAUUUGAUUUUCCUGCCAUUAGCGUUGCGACUGGACAUUUCUCUCAGGCCAACACGAUUGGAGUGGGUGGCUUUGGUACAGUCUAUAAGGGCAUUCUCUCCACGGGCCAAGAAAUAGCAGUGAAAAGGCUGUCCAAAAGUUCAGGACAAGGUCUCGAAGAGUUCAUGAAUGAAGCACUCCUAAUCGCCAGACUUCAGCACAGGAACCUUGUCGGACUUCUUGGCUAUUGCAUAGAGGGAGAAGAGAGAAUGCUAGUAUAUGAGUAUAUGCCAAAUAAAAGCUUGGAUAAUUUCAUUUUUGAUGAUGACAAAAGCUCCACCUUAGCAUGGAAAAGUCGCUUUGACAUAGUCAUAGGAAUUGCGAGAGGACUUCUCUAUCUUCACCAAGAUUCAAAACUACGAGUCAUUCACAGAGACCUCAAAGCAAGCAAUAUAUUGUUAGAAGUUGACCUGAAUCCUAAAAUUUCAGACUUCGGUCUCGCAAGAAUCUUUGGGGGUGAUGAAAGGGAGGCAAGAACUAGGAGAAUUAUCGGUACCUACGGCUAUAUGUCUCCAGAGUAUGCUUUUGACGGAAAAUUCUCAGUGAAAUCCGAUGUUUUUAGCUUUGGUGUACUUUUGUUAGAGAUAGUAAGUAGCAGAAGGAAUAGAGGAUUCUGGCAUCAAGAUCAUCACCAGAACCUUCUUGGGCACGGAAGUAGUGUAUGGUUACAUAAAUUCACGUCUAUUAUGUACUGGCAGACAUGUUUUCUAACAAGCUUUAUAAUGAUACUGUCUAAUGACAUGAAUGAAUUUGUUCAAGGCAUGGUUGCUUCGGAGUGAAGGCAGGGCCUUGGAACUUUUACAUGAAUCUCUAUGCGAGUCCUUCAUUGCAUCCCAAGUAGAGAGAUGCAUUCAUGUUGGUUUGUUAUGCGUCCAAAAGUUUCCCGGAGAUAGACCAUCAAUGUCUUCAGUCCUGUUCAUGUUAGCGAAUGAAGGGGCAAUCUUGCCACAGCCUAAACAGCCCGGCUUCUUUAUGGAGAGAAGUCCGUCGAGCACAGAGGCAUCUUUGAUAAAAGAAGAAUCGUACACAAGGAAUAUCGUUACUAUAACAAUGCCGGAUGGUCGAUAAACUUUCCUUCGAGGAACUUCCCCGCAGCGUGGAAUUUAAACCAGCUUUCUCGGUGCAUAAAAAGGAAGAUGGUCUCCAAUCACCAUGACUAAGCACUUCAAUGUGUGAGAGGUAUAGUGACAUAGACUUUAAUGUUGCUUCAUCAGGUUCUCGAGUUUUAGAUAGCAUUUGCUGAAAAACAAUCUGAAAAGUUAGUGGAAGCACUGUGAUGUGUGUGGAUAUGAAUCUAUCGCCUGCUCGCAUAUGGAGGACUAUUUAGCACGAGAAGAGGGCCAACAGGCUUCAAGACUCGAGAGUAUUGAAGGACUUUCUCAUUCGUAAUGACAUGGAUAGUCUUUA